CUGCCCAAUGGCUGCCCGAACAUCUGCGCCAUAUGUGGCCUUCCUCCUAUCAGUGCUGACCUCGUGCAGCUCCUCGGCAGGUGAGCCGCGCGCGUCUGCGGAGCAGAACGUGUCGGUGAAUACUCAGGACAAUGCCAUCCUUCCAUGUAUGGGUCCCAGAGAUGCUUCCAUCACACUAUUGCAGUGGAAGAUGCUCGACAAGGACUCGGAGGGUUUUGUCUUCUUCUUCCGAGAAAACCGCAGUUAUGAGUCCUACCAGAUUCCAUCUCUGAAAAAUCGAGUGCAGCUCAGCGAUCCGCAGAUGAAGAAUGGAAACGUGUCCGUCACUGUGAAGAACGUCACUUUCAGUGAUGCUGGAAAGUAUGAAUGUUCGUUUUACACCAGCAGCAGACAGCGCAGCAGGAGAGCCGCUGACUUCAGUUACAUCAUCAACCUGCACGUUGAGGAGAGACACAGUGGGCGGCAGCAUUUGGCGCUGGUAGCACCUCUGGUGGCUCUGGUUGCACUCUUGGUUGCAGUCCUGUGGAAAUUUAAAGGCCGCACAGAGCAGCCUGCUGCGGAGGAAGCUGGUGAGCAACAGCUGGUGUAAACACUUUCCAUCACCAAGUUCUGAACUGUUAUGUGUCCUGCCCUUCACCACAAAUGUUAAUCAAUAAUUGAUCAAUCAGUCAAUCAAUCGGCAGGCUUAACAUCAAUUCAGCACACAAUCACAAAUGUCGUGGCUCAUCUGGUUGCAUUGCCAUAUAUUGCAAAAAAUAAGUAAGAAUCAGACAAAGGAUUAAUGUAAAAGAAAAAAGGACACAUGAAUCAAGUCCAUUGGAAUAGCGCCACAAGUAUUUAGAUAUGCAGUGAAAGACAACUGUUGUCAGUGUGAAUGUAACAACGGAAAUUCCCUGCAGAGAACUCGUGCAACUCAAAUGACAAUCAUAUAAUGUGAGGAUGUUAUAAAACUUAACGAACCAAAGAAACACUCAGCUGUUCAUCACAGUUUCAUCACAGAUGAGGUUGACUCAGUUAUGCUGUCUUCUACACAGAUUGUAUAUUCUCAUUCCUGUGUGUAAUUCAAAUUCAUAUGCUCUUAUUUUUUAUUUCAUAUAUUUUAUUUUUCUACUUUUAUUUGUUUUUGUUUCACAGUGUAAUCUGUGUAUGUGAACAUAAUCAUUUUCACCAGGGAUAGGCUCCGCCCCCCCACGUGCCUAGUGAGGAUUAAGUGGUGUAUAGAUGAUGGAUGGAUAAUUUAUCGGCUCAAGCUUUUGCAUCACUUGACUAAAUUCAGUGUGAAUAUUGAGUUUUCACUUUGUAUUGAAGAUAGUACAUCCAAAAGUGUUUUAUUUUUGUUACAUGAUAUACUGUUUAUAAUAAAUAAUAUUAAUUGGUUUUGUAGAUUGUAUCUUUCUUUCACAAACAACCUAAACAUUAAAACUGCCUCAUUUGAGUGUCCCUGAA